UUUAAGAGGCGGUCCUCCUCCUCUUCUUACUUCACCGCAUCUCCUGCUGCCUGGGGCUCAUUUCACCUCAGUAUCAGCAGCCAUGGCCGAGAUAAAAACGGGUAUCUUCGCUAAAAAUGUCCAGAAAAGGCUCAGCCGUGCUCAGGAAAAGGUGCUGCAGAAGCUGGGGAAGGCUGACGAGACGAAGGAUGAACAGUUUGAGCAGUGCGUCCUCAACUUCAAGAAGCAGGAGACCGAGGGGUUCAGGCUGCAGAGGGAAAUGAAGGCAUACCUGACUGCAGUGAAAGGAAUGCAGCAGGCCUCCAUGAACCUGACAGAGUCGUUGCAUGAGGUCUACGAGCCAGACUGGCACGGCAAGGACGACGUCAUGACCAUCGGGAAGAACUGUGAUGCCCUUUGGGAGGAUUUCCACCAGAAGCUGGUGGACUCGUCGCUCAUCACCCUGGACACGUACCUCGCCCAAUUCCCUGAUAUCAAAAACCGCGUGGCGAAGAGGAGCAGGAAGCUGAUAGAUUACGACAGCGCACGGCAUUACGUAGAAUCCCUACAGGCGUCCGCCAUCAGGAAUGAGCGCAAGGUGGCCAAGGCGGAAGAGGAGUUUCAGAAAGCGCAGAAGGUCUUUGACGAGCUCAACAUAGACCUGCAGGAGGAGCUGCCCUCGCUGUGGGACAGCCGAGUGGGUUUCUACGUCAACACGUUCAAGAACGUCACAAAUCUAGAGUCCAAGUUCCACAGAGAGAUAUCGAUGCUGUGCCACAAGCUGUACGAGGUGAUGACGAAGCUGGGGGAGCAGCAUUCGGACAAGAUGUUCACCAUCCAGGGAGCUCCAAGUGACUCCGGGCCCCUGCGACUCGCCAGGACUCCUUCCCCGCCUGAGGACGAGUCCCCGCCAGGCAGCCCCGAGGUCGCCCCCAACCACUCGUUAAGGCCCACCUCGCCCGGCCCGCCCCGGCCCAAGUCACCUUCGCAGCUUAAAAAGGGUCCCCCGGUGCCACCCCCGCCCAAGGUUACGCCCACCAAGGAACUCCACCAGGAGCAGAUAGUCAGCCUCUUCGACAACAGCUUCAGCCCUGAGGCCACACCCUCGCAGAAGGAGGCGGCUGGGGGGUCCCUCCUGGAUAUGGACUUCGACCCAUUCAAGCCCGACGCCACCACCCCCAUCGGGCAGACGCAGUCACCCCUGUCACAGACUCUGCCUUGGGACCUCUGGACGGCACCCGCCGCUGCAUCUUCUCAGCCAGAGCAGGCUGCCGGCACCACCUGGAUGGCGGACUUCGGCACCCCCGCCACGGCCUCCGACACAACCGAGAACCAGGCCGACGCCCCCCAGGACCCCUUUGCUGGGCAGGGAGAUGGACAGGGGUGGCCCCCCGCGGACGGCUGGGGGUCUGAGGUGGCGCCUGCAGCAACUGAGGAGGAGGUGUCCGACAAUGCAUUUAAUGGAUUCUCCCAGCUGGACUCAAGAAAGCCAGUUACCGCUGGUACUAGCGAAGGUGUAUCCGAUGCUGUGCCUGGGGUGGAGACCCCUGCCCCGGAAAUGGAGGUGGGCCCCGAGCCUCAACCUGACACUGCCCAGGCCGCAGAGAGCCCAGGGGCUGGUGAGGCCAGCCCUCCUGGCGACAAGGCGGCGGACGUCCCUGAGGCAGAGGCGGGAGAGCCCCCGGUGAGUCCGGAGGCUGAGCCUACCGAGGAAACUGCUCAAUCUGUGGAGGCAGAGAAAGGAUCCCCUCCCACAGAGACUCCGACUGUAGCCCCUGGAGUAGAGGAUGAAAAAGAUAAAGCUGGUGCUGAAGAUGCUGAGACUAAGGAGGAGAAGAUGCCCAUCCCCUCUGUGGUGAUCGAGCCAGCUUCCAGCAACGAGGGUGACGACGACCGGGACGGUGAUAUCACCUCGCCCUCAGCGACCAGCGACAACAGCGUGACACCGGACGGCCAGGCGGCCAAAGACAUCGGGUCUCCCACAGCCUCGGACAUGCCCCCUGGUUUUCUGUACAAAGUGGAGACUCUGCAUGACUUUGAGGCGGCCAACUCCGACGAGCUGGACUUGAAGAGAGGGGAUGUGGUCCUGGUGAUCCCCACAGCUCUGGCUGAGGACCAGGAUGCUGGUUGGCUCACAGGAAUGAAGGAAUCCGAUUGGCUGCAGCAAGGGAACAAGGCUCCUAAAGGACUCUUCCCAGAGAACUUCAGCCACCGUCUAGAGUAGAUCCCCCUGGGGAUCUACUGAACAGCAGAGACAGGGAAGCCAGUGACCUCCAGACCAAAGCAGGCACUGGAAAUGCACCGUGUCUCACCUUCUGAGAAUGAUACCCCAGUUUGGAGCGAUCUUUAUUUUUUUGCGAUGGUGAUAAAAGGUCUUGGAGAGACGUAGGAUGGGGAAAAAUGCUACGAAAGCGACGCAUCCCAAAUGUAAGACGUGGUUUUUGACCACAUCUGAGACCACGAGCGAGACGAACGAAACCACAAUUUGUUUGCGUACCUGUGCGCAGCAACAACUUCUCACGUUCUUUGUUGGCGCAGUGGUGACUUCCAUACGUAAUCCUUGUCUGUGAAAAGAGAGUUUACUUCUAAAAGAGAGUUACCUUAUCUUCUUUGCACAAAGUGUAUUAUUUAUUUUAUUUUUUUUGCUCUACGGCAUUUUAUCAGCAAUCUGUAGUGAUAGAUCAUAUUUAAUCGUUGAAUGUGGUUCAGGAGAUUUUUAAACGUUUGUUUUCAAACAUAAUUGUUAUUGUUCGGAGUCCAUUGUUAGUGUUCACUGUAGAUUCACUGCAAAACGUGUUAGGUGAUAUUUGGCAUCUUUGGUGUUGAAUUUCUUAAUGGACAAGAUUUCCUGAUCUUUUAUGUUGCUCUUUUGCCAAAAAAAAAAUCUAAAAAUAUGGCAGGACUGACAUAUUGUUUAUGAUAUAAAGUCUGAGAUGAAUAUAAAUCCUGGUUGGUGUGACUUUUCCAAACUGCAUACCCCCUGUAUGCCCCUGAUUAUGGCGAAUCUAUAUAUCUUUACCUCAUAUCUACCGAUACCUGUAUACACUAUAGACAAAGGGUGUGCAUUUCAGAGUGUUUAUUGCUGAAUAACAAACUUAUGUCAUGAUAUAUUGGUCAUUAUUUCUGUGAAUCCGAGAUCUCUGGGAAGGUGGAAAAUCAGAUAUGCAAUACAUGUAUAAAAUACAAUAUCUACAGUCAGACCAUUAUAUACGCCCAUAUAGUGAGGACCCACAAAAGAGCUUCUUUUUUUGUUAUGUAUAUAUCCGUGUUUAUUUAUCUAAAGUUAAUAAAGAAUAGUUCAUAUUCCUCA